AUGCAGGGCGACACGGAGCUCGGCGAGGCGAACGCGUACAUCGCCAAGUUCAUCAACAUGCCUCGACGGCGACUCCGCUCAUGUCGCCGCGUUCCGCCAGGCGGAGUCUCGGUACGGAUCGCCCCACCAGGACACCACGAGGGAGUCGGCACCGCCGAGGUGAACAACGACGUCCUCACGCGCGUCGCCGAGGCAUCCCUCCAGCGCGCCGAGCUUAAGACGUCGUACCUCAUCCCUGCUCGAGUCUACGCUCAAUAUGUCGUCAACCGACGCCCAGUCGAGGGGCAGAAGGAGUCGCGGUACCAGCGCUACUACGGCUUGAUCCCUCCUUCGACGCCGACCGCCUGCCGUACAGCCGCUGCCAUCGAGGAGGAACUCAUUCGACCGCCUAUGCUCGACAAGCUCAAACUCGAGUUCGUGCCGGCCGACGCCCUCGCGAAGGACAUCCCCGUGGCAGAGUCUGGCGCGGAGGCCUCCCUCAAGGAGGUCCCCAAGAAGGACCUGACCGCGUUCGCCAAGGCCGUGUCUGCCGCCCACGAGCCGAGCGCUUUCGCCGACUGGACGACCCCGUCGAACCCGCGCCGCAACAACGGGCGCGAGGGUGAGGCCAAGGAGUCUCCAGAGGAGAAGCUCGCCACGGCGGGCGACGCCGACCGGACCGUCUCGGCCAAGGAGUCUCCGGGGGUGAAGCUCGCCACCGCGCCGAUCGCCUCGCACGCUUCGGGCAUCUCCGGCUGGACCAACCCGUCGAAACUGCGCCGCAAGAAGGCGCGCAAGGGCUCGUCCGCCCGGGUCGGCCGCGUCGAGAACGUCUCCCGGGUCGGCGGCAAGAACCGGUUCGGGGCCCUGCUCGGAAUGAACGGCAACGAGGACGUCGGUGGCGGCGGCAAGGUGGCCCACAAGGCGCGGCCGCCCCGCGGCUCCACGCCGCCGACCACGGACUCGGGCAUGGUCGAGACGACCACAGUUCCCACGCUGGACAGCUCCGUCUCUGCCUCCGGCCGGUUCUCGUGGCCCAAGCUCUGCCCGUCCUACAACUUGCUCCGCCUAUUUUCAAUCCUCGCGCUGAUCUGCCUCGGAGCCGCGUUUGCGCACUCCUCGUACUUUGCCACCGCCGCGCUUCUCUCCUCGCAGCGGUACGACUCCCCGUGGCCGACAUCGCCUCUCGCGACCGUCGCAAAGCCGUUCACGCCGGCAUCGCCCAACGGCUUCUGCGAGGUUGGCGGCAUCGACACCAGCUCGUUUGUAGCCAUCGUAUCGUCGGACAGCGCGCCCGCCAACCACCCGGUGCGUGCUCACUCGCGCGUGCUAGUAUCCGCGCCGCGCAAGCUCGUGACUAACAGCCCGCGCGCCGUUCAGGGCGGACGCCACGAGGGGCGCUUGUGGGAAGCACUACUGAUGGACGAGAUCGACGAGGCGGUGGGCGAGGACAUUGACGAGAAGCAGCCGGCCGAGGCCGACUUGGAGACCGUCCCGGCCUCGCGCAACAGCAUGGAGCGCAAAGGCGAGCCUGAGAUCGACCUCGUCGGUCCCGUCUACAGCAACAGGACGGGGAUCAUCGCUCGGGGACGCGACACCGUCUUGCCCGUGAACGACACGUCGCCCGAGUUGCGGCCCGCCGACGCUGGGAAGCCUGGGAUGCUGGAGGUGCGGAAGCCGGUCGAGACUGGCCUCGGCGCGCCCGUCGCUAGCAUGCUCGCCGGUGGCGAGUGGCGGGCGAACGACGGAUUGACGGACGCUUCUCGAGUCCCAACCAAGGAUCUCUUCCUCCAGCGUUGCCAGGCCAUCGAACCUCUUCUCGCGGCCACGCUUGAGGGGCCGGCGUGGCCUGCAGAGGUCCGUGCCGCUCAGAGUUCCGACUCGAACGCGGUCGAGUCAGACAUCAUCUCGGUCUCAAGUGUGUGCGCCGACUGGCAGCCACGCUGCGCCGCCCCUGCGUGGCACGUGGAGCCUCGCCACGCGCUCACCGACGAGCGCUCCAAGACCGACAAGCCUCCCACGGGCCCACCGGCCGACGAGCGCUCCAUCGAGCUGCCCUCCCCGUUCCACUUUCCCUUCACGGGCGGAACCUCCUCUUCCGCGCCUGGCCGCGCCCGGCAGCGCGGUCAGCUUUUGGCCGCCUUGUUCUUGCUGCUCGGAGCGUGCGGCGGGCUGCUGAGGCAGUGGAUGUGGCCGCCGCGCUACGGUGCGGCCUUGCUGCGGCGGACCAACUCGGGAGGGCGCCUCGUGCGAGGGUGCCGGACGGGGUCGAGGCGCGGCGCGUGGCUGAUUCUCGCCGCGCUGCUCCCGCUGGCAUGUGCACCAUCGGUCCGCACGUCUGGCUCGGGCGACUUCCAGGUCACUGUGGGUGGCGGCAGCUACCCGUCCGAGGUGUCGUGGACCCUGACGUGCAGCGGCGCGUUGAUCGGCAGUGGAGGGGCCCCCUACUCCGGCACCCUGUCCGCGCCGCCCGGCGAGUGCACGCUCGACAUGAACGACUCGUUCGGCAACGGCUGGACCGGCAACGAGUGGAAGGGUGCGGGCUAUACGUUCACGCUCGACUCCGGAUCCUCCGGCAACGAGACGUUCAUCCUCGCCCCUUUCCCUCCGUCCUCUCCGCCGCCGCCGCCGCUGCCACCUCUGUCGCCGCUCGCCCCCGGCUUUGUCGCCGCGCAGAGCGAGGCCGAGCUCCGCUCCCUGUACGGCGGCGUCGUCUACGCGCGGGACAGCGGUGCGGUCUCGAUAAGCGGCUCGACCGUGUCGGGCUGCUCUGCUGGCUGGGAGGGCGGCGUCGUCAGGGUGGAUAACAGCGGUGCGGUCUCGAUCAUCGACUCGGAUGUGUCGGGCUGCUCUGCUUCUUUUUACGGCGGCGUCGUCUACGCGUCUGCCAGCGGUGCGGUCUCGAUAAGCGGCUCGGCCGUGACGGGCUGCUCUGCUUCUUAUCUCGGCGGCGUCGUCUACGCGCUUCAGAACAGCGGUGCGGUCUCGAUAAGCAGCUCGAACGUGACGAGCUGCUCUGCUGGCUAUGAGGGCGGCGUCGUCUACGCGAUUGUCAGCGGUGCGGUCUCGUUAAUCGGCUCGAACAUGUCGAGCUGCUCUGCUUCUUAUAACGGCGGCGUCGUCUACGCGUCUGCCAGCGGUGCGGUCUCGAUCAUCGGCUCGACCGUGACGGGCUGCUCGGCUUAUGAGGGCGGCGUCGUCUUCGCGUCUAACAGCGAGUCCCUCUUCAUCGCGGGUGUCGACUUCAUCAACAACAGAGCAGGCGCCACAGGGUCAGGCUCGGUGCUGGACCUGACAUACAUCGAGCAAACCGCCAUCAGCAACGCCUCCUUCGCCGGCAACGACGGUAUAACGAUACAGACUGACAUCUACUCGGAGAUAGACUGGGAUUGCCGCUUGGGCCGCUGGAUGCCGACCAAGGGCGCCUUUUUCGGCGACUUCAGCGCCCCCCAGUGCAACCUUUGCCCCGCUGGCUACUUUGGGAACACGAGCGGCCUUUUCAACUCCUCCUGCAGCGGCCACACCGUCCUCUCCUCCACCUACUCCGCGCGGCUGCCGGACAAGUACACGGGCUGGACGGACAACUUGGCCAACGUGAUUUCCGUCGACUGGUCUGGCUUUUUCCUGCCGGAGCAGUGCCUCGGCUACGGUAUGCGACUCCUCGCCAUCGCCCUCUCGCCCGUCGCCCUCAUCGCCCUGCUAAUGAUCGCGGGGAUAAGUCUGCGGCUCUACCGCUGGCGCGCCGCCCCGGCGCCGCGCGAGAGGCCGUGGUACGCGGAGGCGGCCCUCGGCCUCCUCGACCUCACGCCGGCCGGCCUCGUGCUCGUCUUCUGCUUCGCCUACACCACCUCUCCGCCCGGCGAGGAGCUAGAGCAGGUCUCCUACAUGCGGCAGGACGCGAGCGUCGAGUGCGGCUCCGACGAUCACGGACCCAUCACCACCCUCGCCACCGGCUUCAUCGUCCUCUGGCCCGCCGGCUCGCUGGUCCUCUUCACGUCGCUCCUCGCCGCUUGCUACAAGCCGCUGCAGGCCAAGACGCCGAAUGCUCUGACGCGGGCCACCGCCUUCCUCCACCGGGAGUACGAGAAGACCUGGUACUGGUGGGAGGCGGUCGAGCUGGCGCGCAAGCUCGUGCUGACUGGCUUCGUGCUGCUGAUCCCGGAGGAGCGAGCCUUUGUUCGCCUCGUGGUGGCGACGCUCAUCUGCUCAUGCUACGCCGUCGCGCUCGCCGUCGUGCGGCCGUACAAGCGGGUCGAGGACAACGUGCUGGCCGUCGCCACGAGCCUCGUGCUCCUCCUGCUCUUCCUCGGCACCAACUGGAGCACCACCUUCCUCGGCAUCCAGGAGCGGUACCAGGGAGCCGACCCCGCCGAUGUCCUCGGCUUCCGCAGCCUCAAUGUGAUUGUCGACUCGAUGAUCAUCCUCGUUGCAGUCGUGCUCGCCUUCUUCCUCGUCGGCGCCAUCGCCGCCGCCCGUCGCGUCGCCAAGAUCCCCACGAUCCGCCUCGUCUCGACCAAGCAGCCCCCCGAGCUGAGCAUCGUGAUGGGCCUCACGUGGCACCUCUUCAACAGCCACAUCUGGUCGACCGGUCAAGACGCCGUCAAGGUCAUUAAGGGUGAGCUCGAGCAGCUGCUGCCGGACAUCAAAGUAGAUGAUCUAAAAGACAUCGGGGCGCUGGAGGAGUACAUCCAGAGCUCGCAGGUCAUCCUCUUCUUCCUCUCGCAGGGCUACUUCCGCUCCAAGGCUCGCCUCUUCCUCCCACCCCGCCUCUACCGCACCCUGGCCCCAAGAACUGCCGCCUCGCCCGCGCCACAGAACUGCCUCCGAGAGGUCCGCUCGUCGCUCGAGAAGGACAAGCCGCUCGUCCUCGUCCAAGAAGCGGACCCUGAAAAGGGCGGCGGGACGCUCCAGGCGCUGCGCGACGAGUGCCCCGAGGACCUGCAGCCGGCCAUUUUUGACAACGACUGGCCGCUCACGAUUUGGUAUCGCAUCGGUGAGUUUCAGCUCAUCUCCCUCAAGAUCAUCGCCGAGGCGCCGCCGGCCACAACCAGCUCCGCGGUGCUCCUCUGCUCGCCCAACUUUCUGGACAGGACCUCCCUUCCGCUCUGCGUGUCGGGUGAGCUCGAGAGCCAGUCGCUCGCCUUUUCCAAACCGUGCACGCUCUGGGCCUCGCCUGCCAACGCGGGGUCGCUGGCGCUGGCCGAUGAGAUCGCCGCCGCCUUUGCCCCAGAUCGUGAGACCGCCGGUCUCACGAUCUGCACCAGCGAUGAUCGGCCGGCCAGCGCGACGCACUUGCUGCUCUACCUCAACGAGGACAGCUUCGUCAGCGACGAGCGGCUGGCCGAGCAGGUCAAGCAGGCGCGCCAGGACAGGCUGAAGAUCGUCAUGGCGCACGAGAACGACCCCGCGCUCGGCGGCUGCCAGUUCUCGAGGUUUUUCGAAGUCACGCCGCAGGAGCUCAUCGCCGGCGGACUCUACAAGGACCUGGCAAAAUCUUGCUUCCCCGGCCACCACCGCAAGGCGCGCGCGCGCGCGCGCCCCUCUCUCACACACAGCGAGCUCUCCCCCGCAUCGAGCGUGUCGCUCGUCCUUCUGGCAAAGAGCCUAGGCGCGACCCCCGCUCGGUCGCGGGCGGGCCUCCUCGCUUCAGGCAGCGUCGUUGAGGGCAGCACCAGUCUCGCGAAGCGCAGCCUUGGCGGACUCAGCCGGGUGUUCGCCAAGAUGAGCAGCCGCAGCUCUGCGGAGGCGCGCGACGUCUCUGGAGGCGAGGCGUCGUCGGUGCAGCAGCAGGUCUGA